AUGGAUUCACAACAUAAGAUAAAUUCUACCCCAGGUGAUGAACUGGCUAAGCCAGGGAAUCCACUCUCCGAGGAGACAGGCCCCACGGAUUCUGGGGGGGGCCAGCCAUCAAUCGUUCCCACAACGGUAAUCACCGUAAACUCGAAAAAGAACACGGACAAUGGAAAAUCUGGAGACAACACGAUAACGCGCGCACAAGCUGAAGCGAAGUAUACCAAACUCUUGGGAGACACGCAGACUCAUCUGGAAGCACUGGAAGCAGCAGUCCAAGCUGCGUCCAACACGAAACUGGACAUCAAAAAUGGAAUCAGGGCCCUAGGCAUAUGCUUCAGGGAAUUCCAGAACAGUGCAAGAAUGAUUGGGAUGACCCGAAAUCCGGAUGCUACUGAACUUCGUGUUCGGAACUUGCAGCAUCAGCAGCAAACCCAGCACGCGCAAACCACGAAGCUGAUCAACACAAUACGCGAGGAGCAACUGCAGCACCAACAGAGCAUAUUGCAGAAAAUUGAAGAGCUGACCCAAAAGCAGCAAGUUGUAGAUCACGGUGACGAUAUGCAGGGUUCUCAAGAUAGGUUUAACAGCCAGGACGAACGGCUUGCAUGUCAAGAUCGCAAAUUGGACAAAAUAAUUUCUGACCUGGACCGAACACUUCGCCCACCGGCUGACGUGCCACAACAACGGCAGCAGCAGCAGCCCGAGAAGCACCCUAAACAGGCAACCCUGCCCGUAAAACGGAAAAAACGGCAACCAAGUCAACAGGUACAACUGGAGAAGGACCAGGAACACCAUCAGGAGCAGGAGCAGGGGCAAGAACGGGAUCAGCCCCAAUCGCAGCAGCAGCCCACGUGGAGUCAGGUGGUUGGAAGAACCCGCAAAGAGAGCAAUAGGAAUCCUCGCCAAGCCCAACAGCAACAGCAACGGGAAGAGCCACGAGCAAAGACCAAGAAUAAGAGGAAAGAGGCUGCCAGACUGGUGAAGAGUAGGACCCCAAAGACUGAGGCUAUAAUGAUAGACCAACUGGCCGAGGGAGAAACCUACGCCUCUGUAAUGAAAAGAGUUACUGCCAUCGACCUUAACCCACUCGGUGUCACGGUGAGAGGUGCCAAACGCUCAAAGGCAGGCGGCAUCAUUAUUGAAGUAGACGGAAAGGAUGACGCCGACAGACUUGCAGAAGGGAUAAGGGAGGCCGUUGGAGCAGCAGCAGCUGUUAGGAGACCGACUAGAAGCACCCCAAUUCUUAUCCUGGACGUGCCAAACUGGAUAGAGGAGGCGGAAGUGAUUUCGCAGCUGGUAAACUUUGACAGCAGUUUCGGGGACUGUCAAAUCAGAAUAUCUGAUAACCAAGGAAGCUGA